CUGCUGGAGGAGGGGACCCACAAUGCAAUAGGCAGGGAGACGUGGAGGCUGCUCCCCCCCGGCCGCUGGCAUCGCUGCUGCAGGCAGAGCCCCUCCAUUGUCAGCCCUGGGGGGCCCGGCCGUGCAUGGGGGUGCGGGGAGAGGCCCACCAGCAGCAGGGCUGGGUUUAGGGGCUGUCAGCCUGCCUGGCCUUGCUGGAAUAGGUGGGGGGAGUGUCACCUGGAGGGGCAUCCCGCACUGCUGGGGCGCAGGUGGGGAGCGGGGAGCUGCCCCCUGACCCCCCGGGAGCUGGGGGGGCCAUGAGUUCUCAGGAUGACCAGUUCCAAGCAGCAGCCCCUGAGCCAGCGGCUCCCUCCGCCGAUGAUGGCAUGACCUGGUGGUACAGGUGGCUCUGCAGGAUUGCCGGGGUCAUCGGGGGCGUGUCCUGUGCCUUUGCUGGUCUGUGGAACUGCGUCACCAUCAACCCCCUGAACAUAGCAGCUGGCGUGUGGAUGAUGCUCAACGCUUUCGUCCUGUUCCUGUGCGAAGCCCCCUUCUGCUGCCAGUUCAUCGAGUUCGCCAACGCCGUGUCUGCGAGGGCGGACAAGCUGCGGCCCUGGCAGAAAGCUGCUUUCUACUGCGGGAUGGCGGUGUUCCCCGUCAUGCUCAGCCUGACGCUGACCACGCUUUUUGGAAAUGCCAUCGCGUUUGCAACCGGGGUGCUUUACGGCCUGUCGGCGCUCGGCAAGAAGGGAGAUGCCAUUUCCUACGCCCGCAUCCACCAGCAGCAGAAGCAGAUGGAUGAAGAGAAGCUCACGGGGUCCCUGGAAGGACAGGCCCUCUGAAGCCCCUGAGCUCAGGGGAACCUCACACGGACACUGAGGUGUUGGUGAAGAUACGGAAACCCACUCUGCCCUUCCCUCUGCUUUCUCCCUUCUCUGUUACUCCGCUAUUUCCCCGGACACUGCAGCAACUGGAAAUCUCAGGGGCUGGGGCGGGCUGUGCCCUCCUCCCACACCAGCAGCCAGACCUCAGCACGUUGGCGGCUCUCUCCUCGCCCUCUCAGAGGUUUAACACUGAACCAAAUAUCUCACAGUCCCCUCUUUUUUUUUUUUUUUUCCUUCUUUUUGUUCUUUUUCUUUUUUCCCUGCAGAGGUGCUGGCCCUUUGAGUGCUGCUGUACAAGCCUAAACACGUAGCCUUUCUCUCUUUUGAUGCCUGGUUAAUGAGCCUGCCCUGUUUUGCUGGGGACUGAGUGUGGGCAACACGCUCACUGGGAACUGCUCUUGGAGCUGCCUGGCUCCACUGCUCAUGUUACACGUUUCAAAGUAAUGCGCUCUGGUGUGGCACUUCCCAGGCACAAAAUACUAAGCCAGCAUUUAGCAGGACCUGGUGAUGCUCACGCUUGGUUUAGUAUGGGUCCAGUUAGGCUGGGCAUCAGACAUCACUGCGCAGUAAAGGGCUUCCAGCAAAAAUCCCAAAUGAAGACAACAACCACGCUGCAGAGAAGCUGCGAGAGAUGCUGGGGCAGAUCCGGGGAACUGUAAAGUACAGUCUCCCCUUCCUCUGGUUACAGCUUCAGGCAGUUUCUACAGUUUACUUGAAUUAUACGCAUUAAUUCCUUAGUCUGAACAAGGGUACUUGUCAAGCUUCACCUUUUUACUGGGGAGGAGGGAAAGGGAGGUUUGCUUUACCUCAGCUGAAAGAAGAUAGUAUUGCUUGAGCCAACUGUUCUUUUAUUUUUUUUCCUGGUGUAAUAGUUGCUGAUGUCUGUGAGCAUCCUUCUCUCCUGAGCCCAGGACUGUGCUCUGCUAUCUCUCCCUUCCCGUGUGUGCUCCUGCAGCCUGUUCUGCGUGUGGGACCUGCUUUUUGCUUAUCUGGUACAGUCGUUCUCAUUGGGCUCAUGCUUUUUUGCAUCAGUCCUGGGCUGGUUUUGUGUGGGGAGGUGGCAUAUCCUUCCUUUGCAAACAGAGAGAAAUCUGUACCAGUUUGGUGGGGAUAGCAGGUUAUUGUCCUGGGUGUUUUGCUGCUUUAUUCCAAGCUCUGUCAUAUUCUGUUUGCGUCGUGUCAGGCAGAACAGAACUACUCACUAGGUCCAGGUCCCACGCUUCUCAUCACAGUUUCUUCUGGGGGGGGGUUAAUUUAUUUGUUUUUACACAAUUGCUUUUUAUUUUAAUUAGGAAAAGGGAGAAUAACUUAUUUCUACAUAUUUAUGUGUUCUGAUGGGCCUCGUUUUCUCUGGAUGUAGGAGAAAGGAGCGCUCUGUUCCCUGUCAUUUGAAGGAAAGCAUUGUCUCAUUUUGGGGGUCUCUCUCUGGACCCAGGGAGAGCCCUGGCUGCUGUAACUGGGGUACUGGAAAAUCCUAUUUCAGCCUGCAUCGUGUUUCUCAGACUUUUGGAAGGUGUGCUGCCCUUCGAUCCCUUUGUCUUAUGGAUGCCGAUGUGACCGGAUUUGCUUUUCCCUGCUGGGACGCAGGGUUUGUGCUCGGUGAAGGCAGGGGACAGCUCUGGCGAGCAGAGGCAGCCUCUUGUCACCGUCCUGCACUGGGAGCUGGGCUCCUGCUGCCUCCUGACUCUUUGUGGUCCCAUUUGAAUUACCGGGGUGCCAGAGGGGUCGUGCAGCUGGUGGCUGGGUGCUGUUCAUCGUCAGAAGCUGCAGGAGAGGGUGGCCAGGUACUGGUGCAUGCGGGCGCUGCAGCAGGAGCAGCGCAGCCCCUGGGGGCCGGGGGGCUAAGCUGCCAGCUAAUGGCAUUUCUUGUUUCUUCCGUGGCGUUCAGGGAGGUGUGAAGAUUUGCACCAGGCAGGAAUGCGGCCUGGCUUUAUUUGCACACACAGCCCCUCGCAGCUGGAUGCUGGGCAGCCGCUUCGUGCUAAGCCCCUUUUCCCCCAGGGCCUCUGAGCUGUAAUUGCUCUGACACCAGCUUGUCUGGGGCGCCGAAUAGGCACCGCCAGCCCAGAUGCAGCUUGUUUCAAUCAAGCCUCUGCCGUUUUGCAGCCCCCAGCUCCGGGCUGGUCCUGUGGCUGCGUGCAAUAUGUGGGGCAUUGGCUUUCCUUGUGCGUGCGUGCGCAGGGACCCCAGCCCGUGGCAGUGGGGUGGUGCAGGGGGAUGCACCCCAGGACACCUCCAAGUGAAGCCUCAGUCAUCAUAGCCUCUCUGCACCUCCUGUCCCCAGUACCUUCAUGGGGUGGCUGCGUUGCAGAGUCCUGCCUGGCAAGCAGGACAUCCAAGUAGAUUUCAAGGAGUUGGGGAGUUAAGUAGUGUUUAGUAGAGGACUGACCCACGUAGCGAUGCGCAUGUCUUUGGUAGCGACUGCUUUGCUCUGCGAGUAGUUCCGCAGGUGGAAGGCAAAGCAGAAGCAAUAGAUAACCCUUGCAGUCUGAUCUGCACCCACAGCGAUGAACCAGGAGAAUGGCAGGGCCCUUGCUGGCUUUAUCUGCCUCCUGGCUCACCUCUGCUCAUCAGCUCCAGCGGCAGAAGUCCCUGGGGUGCCAGCAGUGCCAUCACGCUGAGUAUUGCAGCCACCAGCUUGGACCAGGCAAGCUAAUAACUUGCAUUGCUCUGCCACCAUUAGCAGGAUGGAAAGCCCAACUCCGAGCUGUGGGUGUGCUUUUGUUGGAAAUGAGCCUCAGGGACUCUUCUGCAAGAGCUGAGCUGGAUCCUGUGGCCACGGCACUUAUCGCCUCUGGUUCUGCUCAGCGUCUCCGUGCCUGCCUGAACAGGAGGCGUCUGGGAGCCGUGCUCUGAGAGCGCUGACUCUACAGAUGCAGCAAUAUCGGGGUGAGCACGUCUGGAGAGGGUGCUGUAGGGAAUAGUGGCUGGCUGUGAUGUAGCAGGACCCAAGCCAGAUGCGGCUGCUGCUGGUCCGGUGAAGUCUGCGUGCGGGGCCUGCAGCACCCAUGGCUUUCGGGGUGGUGCUGAGUUAGUGGCUGGUCUCACCUCGGUGUGAGGCUAUUUUUGUGGAGAUAGAAAAGACCUUUAGAGUAGUAGUAUCACAGUAGUUAAGGUGCCCAUUCACAGUGCAUGGUGGUUAUUAGUUGUGUUUAGAGGCAGGGGGCUAGGAGCUUUGCAAGAAUAAUGAAGUUAAAGUCCUGCUCUAGCGAUCUUACAGGAUCAGCUCAGUGCCAGCUGGCAGUGUGCAGGCUGGAGGGCUGAUCUAAGGGGUCUCCAUGGAGGAGGUUCUGGAGGCCUCUUGGGAGAGAAGGGGGCAAAAAUGUUAUGUGAGACCUCAGGAGCGGGUGGUGCAUUGACUACAGCGAGUAUGGAAAGACGGCUGGGAACCAGCAGUAAGUGUGCGCUUGGGAGCGGGCUGUUACACCAUUCACUGUCUGAGCUGUGCACUUCCCUUACCCAAGUGCAUUUAUACAACAUGCAACCCCUCCGUGUCCCAUUCAGUCCCAGAAAUUACUGCACUUGUGCGUAUAAGCUCCCCGUUCCCCUGGGGUUCUCCCCUGGGCACGCAGAGAAGGGCAGAAGCUCCCUUUCUGCUGCGUACCCAGACCUUGCUGCUCUGAACAGGAGCUGGUUUUGUAACACCAAUUGAUUUUCUGUGUGUGCAGUGAAUAAAAAGACCAUUCUACCUCUGGAAAAAGCCCCCGUGAUUUCUCAGACUCUAAAUGUUGUAGCAAAACCCCUCACGCUUUCUUUGUGGAAUAAAGGAGAUCACUCAGAAAAUA